AUGGAGGAGGCAGAGGUAAAUGAGGGAGAAGAUUUUGUCCAUCUGCCUUUUAAGACACUAGACGACCUGCCCCAAAAUGCCAAAGUGGUUUGGAGCCGCACUGAUAAACCCAAUACUGUACAUGAGUACCAGGACGGUCAGAACCAGUUAGAGACACAGGACCCAGACUACCAGGACCGGACAGCCAUGAAUCCUGACGCUGUGCGGAUUAAAGACCUCACCCUCACUCUAAACGAUCCCAGCCCGGAAGACAACGGCAUCUACAUCUGUACCGUCUACAACGAUGAUGGGAAAAUACUGAGACGAAAGACAGUGACGCUCACUGUGAGAGUCUACAACAUCGAAAAGGUUUCUGUAAACAAGGAAAACAGGUCCGUCGUUCUUCCCUUUCAUGUAACACGUCGCCUCCUCUCUGAGGACAUCACUGUGGAGUGGAGACUCACAGGCUUAGAGGACACCGUCCUCUACAAAUAUAAGGGAGGCUGUCAUUCACCAACAGAGGAUCAGGUUUAUGGAGGCCACACUGAGAUGAAUGAAGAUCCAUUAACUGGAGACCUCAGUCUGACCAUCAAGGACUUCUCUCUGGCUGACGGUGUUUAUAUAUGUUCCAUCAUUGAUAAGAAUGAAGAUAUACUGCAGCAGAAGGUGGUGGUCCUCAUAGUCAGAGGGAUCAAUUCUACAGAAGCAGAUUCACUGAAGCAGAGAAGAAACCAGAACUCUCCUUCACCAGAGAGGAUCCCACUCCGCUCCAUUCUGGGCUGAACCGUCAGUGGUUCUGGUCAGGACUCUGUCUGAUGGUGGACGGUCCUCUGUCUGUUCUGGGAUCAGAAAUGUCCGGUUUGGACCUGAUGAAAGGUGUGGCAGCGGUUUUUCCUCUGGGAUCAGGUUUCUGGUAGCAGCUGUAGAGUCGGACCACAUAUCCGGCCUGUUGGGGUUCAGGUGUACCUGCUCUUCAGUCUGGAGCUCUGAGGGUUUUCUCUUCCUCUAUGACAGGAAGUCAGACUAAACUCUUCCUGUUUCACUCCAGGAUUAUCUGUCUCUGUUUAUCUCCUGGAUCUAAAGUUACUGAAGGUCAUAAACUUUGAUGAAGAUGAUGGACUCAGACUGAGGAAGGAUCAGAUAAUGAAUGAGCAGCAGACUGUAGAGACAGUCAUUUAACUGAGGAGCUGCAGGGAAGGAGAGGCUUUCCUGUCUGCAGACCUGAGAACUCAUCACUGUUUGGAAGGUUACUUGAACUAAUUAACUAGUUAUAGUUAAUUUGAACUAAAUAACUAAAUCAGUAACUCAAAGUAACUAAUCUAGUCAAAUUACUUAUGGGGUUUGUUUUCAUGAUCUAAAGGGUAAAAAAUGUGGAAGUUUUAUGUCUUUUGUAACUUUAAA